AUGGCGCAGGCCGCAGCGGCGGGGAAAGAGGCAGCCAGACUGCAGGCCCGGCUUGCCUCCCUUCAGAGGGAUGCGUCGACGCUAAUUGACAGCCUCGCCUACCUUCGGGCGUCGGACGAGGAGGGCGACAGCGAAGGAUUGUCGGGCAGGGUGGAACAGGACUUGGAGGGAAUGCUCGACUGCCUGCGGGAGCUGGAGCUGUGUGCCGAUGGGCAGGAGACGGAGGAGGGAUCAGCACAGGUGGCCCUGUGGCUAAAAGAACACAAUACAAAAUAUGAGAGGCUAUGUCUCUCCUUCGAAGCCACAAUAUCCCAAGCACAGAAAAAAUCGCGGGCAGCUUGGUCACAGCGCAAGGCACUGCUGGGGCUUGGGGAAUCCGACACAGUAUCCCAAACAGUCAGAAACAAGCAAGAUGCUGAUGGAAGUGCACAAGACACAACAGAAAGCUUGGGGCACAAGAUGGAACCGAUGGCAUCACAAGUUGACCACAAAGGCAGUUCACUGGAGGUGAUUGAUGCCAGGACUGGAGAUCAACCAAAGGUGCAAAGAGAGUUGCAAUCACAUCGGGGACUACUCACAAAGUCAAAAUCCAUUCCAUCGCAUGGUGUCCUUGAGAAACUUGUUCUGUGGGGCGCAGGGCUGCUCCUUACCAUUGCCGCUCUGUAUUUUGUCACGCUGUACAAUCAGAACAGGGUGUUGGGCCUCACACCCGGGUUGGAGGGAGGUCAAGUCACAAACCCGGUUUGGUACGUGCUGUCUGCCAUCUCUCACCUGCCUUUGCAGCUGGGCAGCUCUGUGGCUCAGAACAGAACACCUGAGGACAUGAAGACGCCUCGUCAUCGCACAGAACGCCCUUUGUCUGGCCCAGAGUCUACAGACAAGGGCACCUCUGGCACUACCUCGAAGCCAGACAUGGCAGAGCAUCCAAGAAUUGAUGAGCGCAAGAAUAACGUGGGCCUAUCAUGGGGUUCUGGGCUGCAUGGGGUACAGAAUCAGACGCGACAAGACCUUGACAUGCAUGCACCUAAAUCGAAUGGUAUGCAGAGGUCGGAACCAGCCUGGGAAGCAGCUGACAGUCUGGUGGCUGGACACAAAAGUGCAAGGGAUCCACUUCCAGGAACUGCGGGAGCCGCGAUUAAUGAUGCCAGUGGCGGUGUGGGGGACUCGGCGGCACCACAGAAUGAAAACGAAAACGAAUUCAGGAUUGGCAGGGAACCUGAGGUGGACUGGAAGAAAACUGACACAGCGACCAUGGGGAAAGGUCGCAUUUCAGAGGGCGCCUAUGUCCUGUCAGGUGUCAGCCAUGAGGGCCACGUGCUCCUGGUUGGAGCUGCAGCGGGGGAUCAAAACAGCAAGGAUGGCCCCAAAAUUCCAGUGAGGACAGCAUCCAGAAUUCCAGCAGGCGGCACCUGCAGCCAACCUUCAACCACAGAUUGUGCUGAAGAGGUGCGGCCCUCAGCUCAGAUGAGCCAACAUGGCAGUGCUGGUCUGGAUUCAGUUGAACAACAUGAAGGUGUGCCUUUGGUUGAUGGCGAUGGCAAGUACGAUGACAAAACAAAGCCACGGACGGAACGCGAUCCCCCUCGGCCAGAAAAGAACGUGCUGAACAGUUGCAGUGGUCAUGGUGUUCAAGGUGCCAAGAUUGCAUCAACUCAAGGCGUGGCAGAUGCAAUGGAGGCAGCUGCCCAGCUGGAAGACACUGUGGGUUUUGCGGCCUAUAACGACCUGGACGUGCAACUGAAAGCCGAUGAGGCAGGGCGAAAAUGUGACGAGCUGUAA